ACGUUCGUUGCAUCUCCGUCGCACGUGGUCCGUGCGUGUCACGAGUCGUGACGAAUCGUCGACGGUUAACAUAAAUUUCUCUCUCGAAGGUUUCGCAAUCCUCCGUAAUUGCGUUGGAGAUCGCAUACCGAUCGCAUCUCGAUCUGAUCGCCGUAAAACGCAAAUAUCCGAUCGAUCCGCCGCAACCUCUCUCUUCGACGAUCGAAGAAAGAAACCUAGAGAAGAGAAUAUUUCCCUCGUGGACGGUUGGCUCGCGCGGUAAGGGGAGACGCCUUCGAAGGUGGCGGCAGCUCGACGGACGAUGUCGAAAGAUCCGGAAGGGAAGGAGAGGAUGAGAACGAAGGCGGAUCCGGGCGCGAGCAGAUACGGGAACUUUAUGAAUUACUACCAAUUUCGUAGCGCGGAAGAGCGCGUGCGACAACUUCCGCGCGACGACGUCUGGCGGUCCGUUCGUUCCGACCGGAAAUACGUGGGACUAGACAUCGGCUGUAAUGCGGGGGAACUUACGUACGAACUGUACGAUUUUCUCAGCGUCAAUUCGAGGAGCGCCGACGGCGAUAAACCCGACGUCUACGUGCUCGGCAUAGAUCUCGAUCCGAUCCUCGUGGAGAGAUCGCGCGAGGGCAAUCCUCGUCCGGAUCGAGUCACCUUCGAGCACUUGGAGUUUCUUUCGUCCGAGCGCGAUCCGACGAUCUCGAGAUAUCUCGAGAAACUGGGAAGGUCCCGUUUCGACGCGGUCUUUUGUUUCUCCGUCUCCAUGUGGAUCCACCUGAAUCACGGGGACGACGGUUUGGUCGAGUUCUUUCGCAAAGCUUGUUCCAUCUGCGACACGAUCGUCGUCGAGCCGCAACCUUGGAAGUGUUACAGAAACGCUUCGAGGAGAUUGCGAUUGGCCAACUUGGAAGACUUCCCUCUGAUAAAGAAAUUGGAACGCAGGGGCGACACGUCGGACCAAAUAGAACGGAUCUUGACGGAUCUGUGCGACUUUCGAAGAGUCGUCGUGACCAACGGGAACGAUUGGGAAAGAAAGAUCAUGAUUUUCGCGAGAAACCGAGAUCGAUCCUCUGUAACGACGAUGUAAACGCAUUUAUAAAUAAAACGAAACGAAUUAUUCUUUAA